CGGACAUUCACAAGUCGCACGCCAGCGACCCCAGCCUCAACAACAUACCCCGCGGCAGCCCCACCCCUGGGUUCCGCCCCCGCUCCCUCACUUCAGCUUCACCAACCGCUACCGCUCCCACCGCCGCCGCAUGUCGCUGGGCUGCCGCUCUGGCGACAAAUCCUCCGCCUCCAUCACGCAUUCCACGCAGCUGUCCUUCCUGGACUUCGUGGACCUCUUCAAGUCCUUCGGCCUGCGCUGCCGCAAGGACCUCAAGGAACUCUUCGAGCAGAUCGCCGUCCCGCGCCAGAGCAUCGGCAACACGCAUGCGCGACCUCAGCCCUACACCCCGAAGGACAGAGACAUGAAUCUGAUCACCAGAAACAACACAUUUGACCUAAGUCAGGAUAAUGUACACCGUCACAAGAUAUGUGAUGCCCUGGCUGUCUCCAGCAUCAUUUCCAACUGUGCUGGAGUUGAGAGCACUACUGACCGGUGCCUUGGCCUGCAAGAGUUCAGGGAAUUCCUCAGAGACUAUCAGGAUGAGCAGCUGCCAGACCAUGAGAUUCUGGAACUGAUACAAAGACAUGAACCAGACUCUGUACUUCGUGACCAGUGUUGCUUGUCAUUUGAGGGCUUUGCACGAUUUCUCAUGGACAAAGAUAACUAUGCCUGCAUACCUGAGAAGAUGCCUUGUAAAGAGGAGGACAUGGACCACCCCUUGCCACAUUACUACAUUGCAUCGUCCCACAACACAUACCUCACAGGCCAUCAGCUGAAAGGGGAAUCAUCUGUAGAGUUGUACAGCCAGGUUCUCCUGCAGGGCUGUCGCUGUGUGGAGCUAGACUGCUGGGAUGGGGAUGAUGGAAUGCCAAUCAUUUAUCAUGGACAUACACUCACCACCAAGAUUCCUUUCAAGUCCGUAGUGGAGGCUAUCAACAAAAGUGCCUUUGUGACCUCCCCUUACCCUGUUAUACUAUCCAUCGAAAAUCACUGUUCACUCCCACAGCAGCAAAAGAUGGCACAGAUCUUCAUUAGUGUGUUUGGGGAACGCCUUGUGACAAAGUUCCUAUUUGAGUCGGAUUUUGCGGAAGAUCCACAGCUGCCUUCCCCUGCUCAGCUGAAGUACUGCAUCCUCAUCAAGAAUAAGAAACUUCGAGAACCUGAAAACCCACAGGCUUUGAAAAAGGUCACAACUCAGUCCCGGACAAGCAGUAUUCCUUCCUCGGAAACAACAUCAAUGAAUGACUUUGAUGAAGAUGAUGAUGAAGACGAAGAUGAAGAGGAUGUUGCUGAUGCAGUAAAAGCCAUGCGGCAUUCUGUAGACAGUCAAGACAGCCCGCUUCCAGAUCAUGAUGACAAAAGCAAAGGACAGAUGCAGGCAUGCACCGGGUCUUUUGGAGAGCUUCGCAAUAGGGAGCCUUCUGGCUCAUUCAGUGAAAAGACCAGGUUAAAAAGCCAUCCUGAACUGGACUGGCAUUUUGAUGACGACAUCCAGCAAGUCAAGGUGCCAGCCAGAGGAAAGCCACGCAAGGCUAGUCAGAUUGCUAAAGAGCUGUCUGACCUUGUUGUGUAUACUCACGCUGUCAAAUUCAGAGGACUUUCUCUCAGUCCCAAUACGUCACUCAAGCAGAAGAAAGCAACAUCAAGAAAAAGUAUCCUUGUGCCCUCCCUUGGUAACAGUCCCAGUACACCUGCGCUUACCACUACAUCAGCAGACAAACUGGAGACAGUUCCCUCAGUUUCUUCCUUCCCAAACUGGCCUAAAGCAAGGCGACAUGAAGGUAUACCACCAUGCUAUCUUGUCUCUUCUCUCAACGAGAACAAGGCAAAACAACUGUGUCGCCGCAACCCUCUUGGUGUUGUCAAUCAUUCUGAACGGCAAAUGAUGCGAACAUAUCCAGCUGGUAUGAGAAUUGAUUCAUCAAACUUUAACCCUGUCAUCUUCUGGGCUUUUGGCAUCCAGAUGGUAGCACUGAACUAUCAAACUGAAGACACAGCCAUUGCUCUCAACACAGCCAUGUUUGAGCAGAAUGGUCGGUGUGGAUAUGUGCUGAAGCCAUCGGUAAUGUGGGAUAAAAGCCAUGUCAUGUAUAACCACUUCAACCCUUGGGACAAGGAGUUUGAAGGCCUACAUGCCACGAUUUUUACUUUACAUGUCAUCUCAGGCCAGUAUGUCUGCAACAGCUACACUGCCAAUGUCCAAGUGGAAGUAGAGGUGAUUGGCAUACCUGUGGAUUGUGCUAAGCAGAAGACCAAAGUUGUGCCCAAAAAUGCUCUUAACCCCAUCUGGAACGACAUCUUCACAUUCCAGAUAAUGUUUGCAGACAUGGCGUUUCUUCGAUUCAUGGUGAUUGACACAAAUACUGGUCACAUGGUUUCCCAGCGAGUUGUCUCUUUCCAUAGUCUACGUCCAGGUUACCGCCAUCUUCGUCUACGGUCACCUAGCAACCAGCCCUGUGAACUUGCUACACUCUUUAUCUAUUCCAAAACAGAAGAAGAUAUCCUAGAAGCUCGCAGCAGCAUAGACAUUUCUCAGACAGCUGCUGCCACAGGGAAGCGCAUGUCACUUUUCACUAAAGUGAAGGAGCUGUCAGAAGCUAGCAAGGAGAUGAAAGAGGUUCCAACUCUAGGACCCAAACUGAAAAGGCGACUGUUCUUCAUCAGCGUGUUUGGCUUGACUGGCCCAGAUGAGUAUGUCAUUCUGAAGGUGACUCAGGAGUCUACAGUGUAUGAUGUUAUUGCUCAGGCUCUUCUAAAGGUUCAACGUCUUGAAGACAAGAUAGGGGACUACAUGCUGGUAGAGGAUGUGCAGAGUGGGUGGGAAAAGAAAGACCAGGAGAAAGCCAGUACUCAACGCAUCCUGGACAUCACUGAGAAGGUUCUGCAGGCGCAGAACAAGUGGAAAGGCGCUGGUCGCUUUAUCCUGCGCAAACUCAGUGAUGACCCUACCAGUCGAGCAUGGGUAACCACCAUGCUAAAGGAGCAGAAGCGCAAGCUAGAAAUGGAGCAGGAGGCAGGGGGUUGGGAAGUCCAAGAAAAAAUGUUUCAUGUGUGUGUCUACAAUGUGUCCCCUGACCAGCCGUACACUGUCUUCAAGGCACCCUCCUCCAGUACAGCACUUGAUGUCAUUACGCAGGCUAUGAAGAAAACUCAUCGAGCUGGAGAAGAUCCAAGGAGUUAUGUUCUUGUGGAAGAACUUGACAUUCCAGGACAAGGGGAUACUUCUUCAUUAACAAGCAGAAGACCCGGCAGUGAGAAAGUGGAGAUGCGGAUCCUGGCAGAUGAUGAAAAUGUUCAUGAUGCCCAGUGUGAGUGGAGAACUACUGGACGCUUCAUCCUCAUGCCAAGAGAUGCAGUGCCCAUUGACAAUGAAGAGGACAAAAGUAAGGCAGGCCUGCUGAAGAGCUCCAUCUCCCGCAGCUCAGGCUUCGUCAAGCGAUUUGGAUCAAAGCGGAUCAGCUCCAAACACCAAGGAUCUGGAGAUAAACUUAUGAUCUUCCAGCCAACUCCAGAAACAGUUAGGCGGUCCAUCAGCUUCCCAUCACAAGUGAACAGUACGCCAGUUGUUGCUGCAGCAAUGGCCCCACAAAUCCAACUGCAACCCCCACCAGAGCGGCAGGGCACCUUCAAGCUGAAACACUUUUCCAAAAUCAGCUUUAAACGAAACAAAUGAUGCACUUUGAAGAAGAGAAGUCAACUUGCACUUUAUGUGUUAGAUAUCUGAUGCUGGAAUGUAUCCUGCAUUGGUUAUGGCAGUUGCCAUAUGGUGUGGAUCAUUCAACAUUGUCUGACGACAGAUUUCCCCUCUGUUCAGCUUCCGCAACACAAAUGGAAUGAGAGCAAGGGAAACAACUUCUUGGCAUAACCUUGAGGAGAGUUGACCAAGAAAAAGGGAAGUAACCUGUGAAAACCAUUCCAUCCAAAACAUCUGGAUGUGGUCAAUCAGGAGCAUCCUGUGAAUCAUCUUCUAAAUAAUGUACCAGGGUUUUCAGUUCUUGGUAGUGUGAUAAAAUGUGGUAUAGGUUGCAUACCAGUGCAUGUUCCCACCAGGAAAUGGCAGCAUUUUGCAAUAUUGAGGAGUACAAGGCACCUUGGUGAAGAGGUACUGACUGUCAAUACCAUUCAAUCCCCAGUUGUACUGAGCAUAUGGCAAAGUUCUGUGUCAUGACUUCUGAUGACAGCUAUAGCAUGAAGCACUUGCAUUCUGGCAGAGAAGUGUAAGAAUGUUAUGCUUUCUAGAAGUAUGCAGCACAAACAGAGUUGCAACCAGAGGAAGAUGAACGCUCACCCACUACCUCAGCAAUACCAGUGACUUCCCCCUGACUCUACAAGCUCUGUUACUAGUGAUGUCUACCAGAUUCCACAACCACAGUUGUAAGUAAUUCACGCAUCAUUUGCCACUGUCAAGUACAUAGUCUAUCAGUUUUGUAUGCUCACCAUCCUACAUCGCAAACAUUUUUGAUCAGGUCGAAAAUUGACUGGUUGAUGCAAACAACAGCAAGAUCAUAGUCUUUGUGGGCUUCUUUUUCAAAAUUUGUAAUGAAAAGAGAAAAUGAUAAAGAUCCAGUUUGGAUCAUUUGACAACGUCCAGAGAAAUACAGAUUGCAGAACAUGACAUUGCAAGUGCCAUUUGAUAAAGCAUUUGUGAAUCAUUUCACGUGUCCAGGCAGUAUUUAAACCAUUCAGAAGGAUUUUAAAAACUAUUAUUGUGUAGUUUCAUGUACAACUACUAUCUGAUUGAUACAGAGAAUAACUGUACUUAUAGGUACAUUGUUGAACAGUGCUCAUAAAGUGAAAUUGAUUGGAUUACACAUACUAUUGUGUAAACAGUCUAACCCAAGUGAUUAGACAGAAGUAACAACACUCAAGGAAACUACAAGACAGUCUUUAAGAUCAAUCUCAUGACUGCCUUUAGAUGCUGAAUGCUCCUAGAAUGCUUUAGUUAUUCAUGGUCUGAAGCAAGUUAAAGCAUUUUUUGGGGGGCAGGCAGGGAGAACGGGAUGGCAUAGGGGCCUUCUCACAUGAGAAAAAUCACAAAAUAUGUGAAUACUGCAAAGAUUCCAGCAUAAUACAAAGUCUGCUCUGGUUUGACUUGCUAAAGACAAGUGGUUGUGCUUUUUUUAUAUUUUUGUUCACAGGGCUAGGUAAUAAAGCCUGACUUUUUAAAGUAUCUUUAAAUGUGUGGGUUACGUACCCUGUGACAUACCCGUACAGCUCAUGUUUUGGAAUUAUCUUGGAUGCAUCCUUUUUCUUCAGUAUGAUGCAUGACUGACUGGUCAUCAUCUGCAUUCAUUUUCAGCAUUAUACCAUGUGACAGGAGAAAUAUUUCCUUCGUUAAAGCAAUCAUGAUUUGCCAAACUAAAGGUGUACUGAAAGAUUGAUGAACCCCUUUCAAUGGAGUGAAAGUUAUGUUGACUGAUACUUUCCAGUCAAAAACUACAGAGGAAGAGAGAAAAUGUGGAUAAUUUAUCUGUGUUGGAGCAAAGAAAAGUAUAGAUCUUUAUGGGUUUGUGGCACAAACAUUUACCAAAUGUAGCAGUCGUUAAGCUGCUGCCACUGUGGAAGAAUUUUGGUACCAUGUGAUUUAGCCUACCGCCUGAAUCAUCACUUUUACAGAGAUGAUUGGUCAAGAUUUCACUGUUUUCAUACAAGUUUGUUUAUACGGUUCUUUAAGACAUUCCAGACAAUGCUAAAUUGAAGAGUUUGUUACAUUCUGAUGUGGUAUGUGACUGUGAUGACAUUUGUGACAGAGUGGAUAUUUAUAAGGACUGCAGGAUUCAUGAGUGGAGUAGAGAGAAAUUUCUCUAGUCUGCAUCAAAGCCCACAAAUUAUUUCUACUAAAUAUUAUGACAUGUCUGUCAUCUGGUCACUUUUUGAAGGCAGAUAUGUAAACCUUGAAAUGCUGUGUUCACAGCUGGCUAACAAUGUGAUGUUGUUUUUUCUUUUUGAACAGUUUUUAACAGUAGCAUGGUUUUUUGACCAUAAAAAAAUAAUUCAUUGUUUAUUAGCAGUAGGAAGUUUGGACUACUGAAGGGUUAAAACAGUAUGAUAUGAAAAUGAACAAUAAAUGCAAAACAGCAAUAUGAAAAUUCUCCUUUAUGAUUUAGGCAUGCUACAAAUUAAGGGAAUUCAAAACCUGAUCGGAUCAUUGUGCAAAAAACAUUUCCAUUAAACUGAAAUGUUUGGGAAACAACAAUGCACAACCACCUAAAAUUCUGUUUGUUGUUUUUCAGCAAAUCUUUCAUCUAAUUGUUCAUGUGAUAAAAUUGCCUUGCUCCAUGAAAUGGUUUUCCUGCAUGUUUGUUUUGCCAAAUUUGUUCACUUUCCUGUUGUUUGCUAGUUUUGUGUCACAUUUCCUUGCAAUCUGUAUGCAUGUCUUACUUCUAGAUUAUCUUAAGCACUGUUUUCACCAAUGGGAUGUCUGUGAUAGUCACUACACCAAGUGCUGCAGUUUUCUUCCAUUGUGUGUAUAAUGUGUAAUGUGUAUGAUUGAGAGCAACCUGAGUGUGUUUCAUAGUUUUUCAGCGGCCAUAGCUUUUCCAAGAGAAACGUGGAGUGAAUUCGUUGACCUUCCAAUGCAGACAAGUAUAGGCUGCAUUUUAAUUUUCUGUUAGAUGAUUAUUAUACAUCUGAGAUGAACUGCACUCAUGCACCCACAAAUGAAAAGUUAAUUGUAUAAGAAUCUUAGUAAGCAGUGUCCAAUUUUUUGUCGUUCAUAGUAAACUUCAAGAGAAAAAGGCUAUGAAAGUUGAAUGAACAUAGCUGAGGUGUUUCUGUUUUUCAGAACAUAACUGACUUUUGCACUGAAAACCUCUUUACAUCCAUUUACUUGUAAACAAAAAAAAUUCCUGACAACUGACUGUUUCUUAAACUUGUUUUAAGACUUUAUAGGCGAUAGUUGAAUUCUAUUUCAAAGCACUCAGACUUAAACAGCACAUGGGGUAAAUAAUGGUCUCCUAAAUGCUAUACAUGCCUCUUUCAAAUGCAGUCAAUGUCUCUUUCUGAGCAGUCCAAGGGUCAAUAGUGCAAUAAAGUUGAUCUCAGCUGGUCAAAUACAUUGUCAAUUUCCACAAGAAUGUUGCUGCUUUUGUUGGUCAAUAAAUUCUAUGUAAAUGCUGUGUUUUUCCUUCCCUUAUACAGGGUCAUGGCAGUUUGUGGUUUUUUUAUCAAUGACACUGUUAGAUUUAUUAUGAAGUAUUUAGAACAUUAAUUUAUAAAGUGUUUAACGCUAAUUGUUUAGAUUUUGUGCAGUGUUUCUUUUCCAACCACUGUAGUUUGAAAUGUGCAGUUACUUUGUUUUUAUAGUUUAUGUCUUGAGUAAGGAACUAAAAAAAUACAAUUGGUAUGCAGAUGCAUGAUUUGUUUGCAAGCAUAUUUGUGCAUGUGCAUCUAUCUGUAGUUGUGCAGACAUGUGUGUCUAAGUGUGUAUGCACAUGUGUGUGUGUGUGAAUUUUAUAAUGAUCGACUGGUAGAACUACUCUAUAAGUAUAUAAUGUCCAUUUUUUUAAUUUACAGAUUAUUAAUUAAUUAAAAUUUAAGAGAUGCUUAGUUUAGUCCUUAAUUGUUACUUCUCAACCAGCAUAGGGCCGCAAAGAGAUCCUUAGGAUUGGAAAAAAUGAUAGUGUGCAGAAAAAUAUUGCAGGUUGAGAUAUAAAUAUUUGAGCUUGGUAAGAUGAUUCAAAUUACUUUGGACUGCACAUGCACUUUCAUUGAUAAAUGCUGCAGAUGUAAAAAAGAAUGGCACAUAAUUUUUGUGAGUAUAUUGACUGGUGCUUUUGUCAGUAUUGUUGUUUACAGUAGCCAUCAAAUCUAUCCACCUCCAAACAUUUACAAUCAAAAUGUCAAAUGACAAUAAAAUAUUAAAAAAAUAAACAAAAAUAAACUAAUCCAUUGCGCAUCCAUUUCUGGGCAUGAUGUCUAGUUAUGUAAUUUUUCAAAUAAAUUUGUAUACAGGUAACUCUACAAAUUGUCAAUACUGAUGCAAAACUUUAGUAUUGAUUUAAAGAACACAUACCUAUUAGUGGAUUUAUUAAUUAUGCUUUUGGGAGAUUGUGUGACCAUUUAUUUGUAACAGCAUGGUAUACUUUUGUAAAGGUAUUAUGAGAAAAAUACUGUGAAAAGAAAAAAAAAAUAAUCUAAGUAAAUGCAGUGCUUUGAAGGAGGGGAAUCUUUGCUACCUGAUCUAAAUAUUUGACAUAGAUGACUUAUGUUGUUGACAUUUAUUCUAUGGCUUCUAUAGUCAGGUCAAUAGUUUUGUGUGCACAGUAGAGAAAACUGCUUUUUCCUGAGAUAUUUUCAAAGAAAGUUAAGAUCUUACAGUAUUUCCGAUCCAGUUUUGCGUAAUUAGUAUUUGAAAUAAUCUGUAAUAUAAUAAGAAAAAGUAGCAGUGAUUCUUUUGAAUGAAGAAAAAGUGGUUUGCAUGAACUCUGUUUUUGUCUAGCCCCAGUUCCUCAUGUUAUCAUUCUUGCAACAUUUUGCAUCGCAUACUUCCCCACCAGUGAAAAACACUCUCUUGAUUUUUCCAAGAGCACAAUAUGUGCAAUUUUUUAAAAAAAGAUUAAAAGAUUGUUUUAGUGCUUACAUGGUUGAAUCUUUGGACAGCAAAUAUUUAUGAUGUUUAAUCUUACAAGGUUGCAUCAUUCUGAUGCUCACAGUCCCAGCAAAAAUCUGGUGACUGUUGACAAAAGCGUAGCGAACAACAUGGACCAAUAGAGUAUCACACCGCAAUGCAUUUGGGACACUUUUCAUUACUGACAUCAUCACUUUUGUCAAUAUUAAGUUGAAGAUCUUUUAUACCACUCAGCCUAAUGGUGUAUAAACCCAGAGUUUUCUGUGAUGUGAUGUUUUUGUUUGUUUUUCAAGUGCAAAUGGUCUACUUCCACUGUUUUGUUUCCAUGGGGUUUUUUUUGUCAGCAUGUUGAGUAUUGUAGCAGUAAUGAUGAUUCCCUCACCAUUCUGUUGGCCAAAGAGUAAUGUGAUAUUUGUUGUGAGUGUGAUAUAUUUACAUUGUUAUUGUGAUUGUAUGACUGGGCAAUUGUAUAUAUUUAUUUAAGUGUCAGUUUGUAUUUUCAAGAAAACAAACCAAAAAAAUUGACAUAUCAGAUCAAAUUAAAACGGAGGCUGUUUUCACUUCAAGUCUCAGUGUUGUUGCCAAAUCCUGUGGAACUAAUUAAGCAAAAGAAAAUGUUUUUAAGAAAUCCAGUCUUUUUUAUAAUAAUAAAAAGAACCCUAAUGAAAACUGUAAGGGUCCUUUAAAAGACUAUCUGUGGCACAUUGGAUAUUAUUUUACAAAUAUUAACCCAUGAUGACAACUUUGCUAUUAAACUAUUGGUCAAAAGAUG